AGCACGCACGUGACAUAUAGGAGGCAAAUCCAAAAUGUUAGAAGGCGCUGCUGCUCUCCCGCCAUGCCUUCUCCCAUCCCCGUUACCCGUUUGCUGCCACGAGGCUUCGGCCUCGACCUCGGAACCCUCAGCAGCCCGCUAAGCAGGCGCGCGGGUGCAUCAUCCUCCCUGCGUGUGCCCACCGCUACCCACGGAAAGCUCGCUCAGAGACUCUGGUCGUCGGCGGUGCAGUGGCGCGAGCUGCACGAGCUGGAGCCCAUUGGCUGCGGGGGCUUCGGCAUGGUGUUCAAAGGCACGUACUUUGGAGAGACGGUGGCGGUAAAGCGCGUGCGGCGGGCGAGGAACACGCUGGCCUCGCGCCAGAGCUUCUGGGCCGAGCUGAACGCGGCGCACCUGCGCCACGACAACCUGGUGCGCGUGAUUGCGGCCACGACGAUGAUGCCGACGACUACAAUUAAGACUGCGACGGCUUGUGCGCGCACUGGGGACAAGAACCAAGAGGAAGAUGAUCAGGGGCGCGUGGGCACCAUCGUGAUGGAGUUCGCGGGAGACGUCAGCCUGCAGCAGGUGAUCUACGGGGCGGGGCCGCUGCCCCCCGAGCUGUGCGUGCGCUACGCAUCCGACGUGGUGUGCGCGCUCCGUCACCUGCAUGCGCACGGCGUGGCGCACCUGGACCUAAAACCCGCCAACGUUUUGGUGUCGCGCGCGGGCGUGUGCAAGCUCGCGGACUUCGGCUGCUCGCUGCAGCUCGGGCGAGACCACGCGGCGUGCGCCCUUGAGAUCGGCGGCACGUACACGCACCGCGCGCCCGAGCUGCUCCGCGGCGAGCGUGUGACUGCGCGCGCCGACGUCUACUCGUUUGGGGUCACUCUGUGGCAGCUGCUCACGCGCGAUGUGCCGUACCGUGGCGAGCGGCAGUGCGUCAUCUACGCCGUGGUAGCGUACGGUCUGCGGCCGCAGCUGGACCGGGACGUGUUCCACCGGAGCUCCGCGGGGCGCGCGUGCGCAGAGCUGGUGAGCUGCUGCUGGAGCGCGGAGCCGAACCUGAGACCGAGCGCCGAGCAGCUGCACUCGGACCUGCAGCAGAUCUCCCUUCUAGUGUUUUAGUCUUUCAUUCUUCUGCUGUAUUAUCUCUCCUGCUUACUGUUAACUCUGUAAAUACUGUGAAGAAAUGUUUAAAUAUGGUUUGUAAAUACAUGUGCAGUUUUAUAUGUUUCCAAAGAUUAUAAUUAAACUUUAAUGUUAUUUUUAUUACUCUAA